AUGAGUCGACGACCUAUAAGAGAUGCCGUUAGUGGAAUCAUUGGAUUCGGCACUGAUGCAUACGCCUCUUUCAAAGAAGGGAAAAUCAAUUCAAAUGAGAGCGCAGAAAAGAAUGUCCAAAAAGCGAAAACUCCAGAGGCUUCAGAAUCGGCGACUGUUGAAAGUGAUAGCUUUACAACUGUCUUCGAUGCUCAUGGAUAUGAAAGUUACGAUGAAGACGACGAAGGAGACUGGAUAAGAGACGAUACACAAGCCCAACUGUCUCCAUAUGAUCAGGAAAUAGUAGAUGAACCCGAGAGUGUUAAGCAAAUACUUGGAGACUUUGGAAAGCAGCACCCUGGCAUAUCAUCGUCAACUCGGCCAAACAUAAAGCAAGGAUUACCUGUUCCAAUAAUUAUACCUGAGCGAAGACCAGGAUCUAAACAUCGAGGAUUCGUCAGAGCUUAUGCACCAGUUUUGAUGGAUUGUGGUAUAGAUCAAGAUACAUUCAUGGAUUUUCUAGUAGGAUUUGAAGCUUCUAUCAAGGCAUCUCCAUACUUCCAUGUGAUAAAUCUGGCUGUGGCUGCGAGUGUGAUGGCUGAAGGACUAGCUGUAGCACCAAGUAUUAUCGUACACGCUGCUGCAUUCGCAGUGCACACCAGCAUUGAGUUUGGUCGAAGGGCGUAUAUGUCCAAAGAACAGAACAAAUAUCUCGUGGGAAUGAAUGAGAAAUUGUUCAAACCACACAGACUUUACGCUUUGCUUCUGACCUGGAAAUCAAAUGACUCUACGGCUUCUCAACCACUUGUCUCUACUGUUGAUAUGAACACUAAGCUAGUCACAUCUGUCGCCUCACGUGAAGUAAAAGGUCGCAGUGAUUUCCAUUCUACCUCUGGUAAAACAAUUGGACAGUCUCAGAUGCCGGAAAGUGCAGAAUUAAUAUUUCCAUUAUUGGAGACAGCUACCGAUGAACAAAAAGUAAAUGCAAUGAAAAAAGCAGGAGUAUGGUUUGGGGAGUGGAGAGACAAGAGGAGCACGGCUAAAUUUGCAACCGAAAAUCCUUCAACGACAUUGGCGGCAAACGCUGGUGAACAACAAGUGCCUUCAUCACGCUGGGCAGAUGCUUCUCACCCUGUAAAUCAAGGUGGCAUCAUUGGAGUGUUAUCUGGUGGUCACCUCGGGCGAACUGCCAGGAAAGAGAGAAGAAGAGAGAGAAAAGGCUUGCCCAAGGAUGAAAAUCCCAAGCCUCAGAGAACUGGUAUAUUGAGGACUGCGAAGAGAAAGCUUCAUGAGGAUGUGCUGUAUCUCAUGAUCGUCAAUAUGCCUUCCGAUGAGGAAAUGAAGAUUGUAACCAGCAUGGCGAAGGAUAAGAAAGCAGAAGCUUCAUAA